UGCCCGAUCGAUACACAUAAAUUCCUAAGCCCAAGAUGAUGCGCAUCGGCUGUUCACUAGUCACGUUCGUCUUGGUCCUCUUCGGAUCGUCCGACUCGAGCAACGCGUCAACGCCAGAAAUACCUUCUUUCCUGAAAAUAUGCAAACGCAAUGAUCCACAUUUAAACGAAUGCAUCAAGAGCAGCGUGGACAUGCUCAAACCAUACUUGAAAACUGGCAUACCCGAACUACAUAUACCACCUUGUGAGCCUCUCAAUGUGCCAGAGGUCGAACUCGCUCAAGCGUCCGGACCCGUAUCUGUCAAAUCUGCUUACAGUAAUAUUCGUGUAUGGGGGCCGUCGGAAUUUCUACUGAAAAGCGUCAAGAUUGAUUUAGAUAAGGACCGCAUCAGACUCAAACUACACAUUCCCCGAUUAGAAAUGAAGUGCGACUAUAAAAUGGAGGGUAAAAUUUUACUAUUGCCAAUAAAAGGAAAUGGAAAAGCCGUUGGAAAUUACAGCGAUAUCGAUGCCGUUGUGACGAUACAAGGAGAGCGCUACAAUAAUCCAGUAACGGAUUUGACACACUUCCAGGUAAUAGAGUUCUACUGCGACUUCGACGUCGGCCACGCCGGUGUCCAUCUGGAAAAUCUCUUUAACGGCGACGAGACACUGGCCGACGCGAUGAACCUUUUCCUCAACGAUAAUUGGAAAACCGUCGCUGCAGAGAUCAAGCCCGCUCUCGAAGAGACCGUCUCCAAGCUCUUCAAGGACUUCUCUAACAAGAUAUAUGCCAAGUAUCCGAUGGACACUCUACUGCCUCUGUAACAUCCCAUUGUCAUUUCAGCAACUCUCUGAGACUCGGCAACUCUUUGAUCGACUCUCAAACGUUUUUACUUUGUGUAAUAUUUUAUACUGCAUUUUGUACUUUGAAUAUGUUUUUAUUAAUUAAAUCACUACACCGCGAUAAUAAA